AUGUCCGUUUUCCUUAACGAAGAAGAUAUUCCCGGGUCAUCUUUAGCUGGAAGAAAUCCAGCACAGCUGAAAAAUGAAGAAUUACGGUUUUGGCUUAAAUGUAGAAACGAUCCAGCAAAAGGACUUCGCACAAAAGCUCAACUCGUAAAGCGGUAUGAAACCACCAUCAUCAUUUUCGAUUGUUGAAUUGUCGCUUUUUCACUCUAAAUUAAAGCUUAUCUUUUUAUAUUAUAUGUUUCUUACAUUUUUAGAGUUGAAGAAUACAUUAAUCAGGGUAAGGAUGGUUUUCUUGUCGACCCAGACCCGGAUUUAAUUUACACGAAACGAAAACUCGCAAAGCAAAAUGAAUCGGCUGCAACAAACACCGCCACAAACACUACCACAAGCUCUGUUAUCACGUUUUCGACUGCUAAUAAUUUUAGUUUUCCUCAGCAUGGCUGGGGAAUUAAUUUAGAAAAAAUGCCACUUUUUACGAAAGCUGAGAUGGAUCGUUUCAUCUCUAACAGCGGAAAGCGCUUGGGCAGCACUAAUCAUUCCGUCCCGACAAGCUGGAGAAAGGGAAAGACAUUUUUGGAAGACGAAUACCUUAAAAACAUUGAAUGUACCAGUGACGAUAAACAUUUCUAUUUUCGCUGCAAGUGUCACCAUUCCUUCAGAAAAAACGAUGCCCCACAUAACAUUCAGCUGGCAUUGUGUAUUAUAAAAGGUGAAGUUGUUCAGUCAACAUGUUCUUGCGUGGCGGGGAAAACAGGUUAUUGUAACCAUGCUUUAGCCCUGAUGCUUAAAAUGUGCAAAUAUUCUCUGUACGAAAGCAAAAGCACGCUCGACUUGCAUGAUGACGCGGACCAAAAUAGUAAAGAAGCUUGCACUUCAAAACUACAAACAUGGCACCGAAAAGGGAGGGGAGAUACUAUUGUGCCCCAACCAGUUAUGGAUCUGGUUGUGAAAAAAACAAAGCUGGCGAACAAUAAUGAAAUCCAAAAAGAGGGAUUAAAGUGUCUUCUCUAUGAAGCGAGAACAAAUGACAGAGUACAGGAAGCAGAAGAAAAAAAAUUCAAAGAUACAUUAAGAAGUAUCAAUCCAAAAAUGGGGCUAGCGAACGUAGCAGCCAAUCACAAUGUGUUAACCGAAACUAAAUUUGGUAAUAGCCCAGUUGGUUCCUAUGCAAGUUAUCAUUUACGGAAUCAAAUUUUGAUGUCUCUAUUAACAUAG